AUGGAUGACAUACUCAUUCAACAGUGCACUAAGAAGAUGUCUAUGUCCUCUACCUUCUUACUCUGGUUGUUGACUGUUUUCUGGAUUGGAAAGGCCUUUCAGUACUUGAUGGAUAUCAGAAGGCUGAAGCACAUGCAUGACUUUUACCACUAUUUGCUCGGAAUCUCUGACAGUGAGAUCCAAACGAUCUCCUGGCAGGAGGUUGUGAGCCGGCUGAUGACUCUUAGAGAUGCGAACCCUGCCACUGCUGGGGCAGUUUCUGCCAGGCAUCGCAAGUUCAUGGGGAGCCAGUCCAAGCAGAGGAUGGAUGCUCACGAUAUCGCAAACCGAUUGAUGCGUAAGGAGAAUUACUUGAUUGCUCUGGUGAACAAAGACAUACUAGAUUUGACUCUCCCAAUACCGUUCCUCCGAAACAGGCAACUAUUUUCGCAGACGCUAGAAUGGAACAUCAAUCUCUGCAUUAUGGACUAUGUUUUUAAUGACCAGGGCCAAGUGCGAACCUUGUUCCUGAAGGACACACACCGGAAAGCCUUGAGUGAGGGCCUGCGGCGGCGAUUCAUCUUCGCAGGUAUCAUGAAUAUCUUCGUAGCCCCCUUUAUUGUCGUUUACUUCUUGAUGCAUUAUUUUUUCCGCUACUUUAACGAGUACAAGAAGAACCCAGCCCAGAUUGGAUCCCGGCAGUAUACCCCUUUAGCCGAAUGGAAGUUUCGCGAGUUCAACGAACUCUGGCAUCUGUUUGAGCGCCGUGUCAACAUGUCGUAUCCUUUUGCUGGUCGUUAUGUGGACCAAUUUCCCAAGGAUAAGACUGUCCAGAUUGCUGGCUUUGUGGCGUUCGUUUCCGGCGCCCUGGCGUCCGUAUUGGCCCUGGUAUCCGUCAUAGACCCAGAACUUUUCCUGGGCUUUGAAAUCACACAUGACCGGACUGUCCUUUUCUACCUGGGUGUUUUUGGCUCUGUAUGGGCUUUUGCACGAGGGUUAGUUCCGGAAGAAACAAAUGUGUUCGAUCCCGAAUUCGCACUUCUUGAAGUGAUUGACUUCACCCACUAUUUCCCGAAUCAUUGGAAAGGGCGGUUGCAUAGUGACGAAGUUCGGAAGGAGUUUGCUAUGCUUUACCAGAUGAAGAUCGUUAUCUUCUUGGAAGAGAUCCUGAGCAUGAUCUUCACCCCGUUUAUUCUCUGGUUCAGCCUGCCUAAAUGUAGUGAUCGUCUUAUCGACUUCUUCCGGGAGUUCACCGUGCAUGUGGAUGGCAUGGGAUAUCUCUGCUCAUUUGCCGUAUUUGAUUUCAAGAAAGGCACCAACGUCAUAAGUCAAGGCGAUACGAGACGACGAGAGAGUGGGAGGCAGGACCUGCGGGCGGACUACUUCUCGACCAAGGAUGGCAAAAUGCUCGCAUCUUACUAUGGGUUUUUAGAUAACUAUGGUGGGAAUCGCCCUGCGAACCCACCCAGUCGCCGCCAGUUCCACCCUCCACCUGCCUUUCCAACGCUGGGGUCACCAUCUGCUGUUGAAAUGGGUAAUAUCGGCGAGCGGCUGGAGCGAACCCAAACACGUCAUGGUCCAGCAGCUGCUUUUAUGGGGCAACAGUCGGGCUUGGGCCCUGGCUUUGGAGCUGCAGGCUUUGCCGAUCAUGCGUCGCCCGCACCAUCUAUCCUCCUUGACCCGCGUCACCAGCCGAUGGGGUCAGAGUUCCGGACGGCAAAUCGAUCUGUCCAUUAUCCACGGUUUAGGUCAUCGCGUCCAGUGCGACCCAUGACUGACCCAAUUGAGGACGACAAUGAAUCAACCUCUGCGGAGAUCCGUCGUGCUGCUGUUAAGAAAUCACCCCAGACGGGAUCCAGCGGUGGGGCUAUCGGCACCAGUGAUAGCAACCUGGGAGAGUCCUGGCGGAUGAAUCUGAUGGGGGAUGAAAAUGACAAGGACUCAGGCGAGGACGGAGAGGACGUCGAAGAGAUUGCUGGGAACGCAGGGGUCUUAGGGCUUAUCCAGCAAUUUCAAAAAGUCAGCAAAGAUAACCGCGGACGCACCACAGUUGGGAUAUAG